CUGUCGAGCAUGUAAGUAAAUUGUAAUUUCUUGCAGUCGUCAGAUAGGUAGUAGACAUUGAACUUAGGCAGCCGUAACAACACAUCACUGAAAAUUAUUUUUAUUAAUAAUAAAUACUCUACUAAACCAAGAACCUGAAACACUACAUAUUUUAAAAUAAAAAAAAAAAAACAAGAAGGAAAAAAGAAAGAAACUAAAAUCUUAUAUGUAAAAGAAAAUCUUCAACAUACUCUAAUUUUCUUUUAUAAUAAAGUGCAAGAAAAUUGUUAAUAAUUAAAAGAAUUAUUAAAUAAAAGUGUUUUAAACAAACUUGGCUGAACCUGAGAGAUAACAAUUAAAUAAAUUAAAAUUUCAAAAGAAAAAUAAAUUAACAAAUCUACAGUGUUUAUAACAAAGUUGUGAAAAUAUUAACAGAAAAUCGAAAAUUAUUUAAAAAUGUAAAAAUUCUAUUUGUCUUUGGUCAAAAAUUUAAAAUUACAAAAUUUUCCUUUUUCGUGAGAAGUGAAUGAAAAAAAAACACACAAAUGCAAAAUUUUGUGUACCCUUAAAAAACACCUGGUGCGCGCUGCCCUCCCUAUACUCUAAAUUUAUACAACAACAGCAUAUACAAUAUAACAAAAAAAAAGAAAAGUUGUAUUUAUACUAUAAUACGGUUAUUUUUUUGAAAAACAAAAUCUAAAUUAAAAAUUUAUUUGAGUGUUUGUUAAGAAUAAUUAUAUUUUACAAAUAAGCAAAAAAAGCUAAAGUAAAUUUUAUGAAAGAAAGUAAAAUAUAAAAAAAAAACAAAAAGUGUAGCAAAAAAAAAAAAAAAAAAAGAAAAUGUUUCGAUAUCUUUGAAUUGUAUCUAAACCCAUUUUACUACUCAUACAAAUGAAACAAUUCUCAUGUCACGGUUUAAUUGGAUUCAAGUUGAAUUGAGAGCAGCAACACAACAAACGCGCGGCGUUUCAAGUAUUCCUGUGGUUUUCAUACCCACAACAACAGCAGCAACAACAACUACUCACACAAAUCAAACAAAUUCAGAUAUUGUCGAAACUCUCCUUUUCGGAAAAAGAGAGCACAACAACUUUCCCAUAGUGCUCUAAAAAGGAGAGCAUAUAAAAAGCAUAUAAGAGCAUAUUUUCAAAUAACUAGUGGAAAUUGUGAACGAAAACAAAAACAACAACAAGUUCAGAAAAGAGUCGCGUGCGUAUUUUCAUCAACAACAUCAUCGUUAAACAUUUCGAAUAGAAAACCAAAAAAAAAAGUAGCAAAAGUAGCAGCAGCAGCUUUAUAACUACACCGCGUUAAGGAAACACCUUGCUUUUUUGGAAACCAAUACUAAAACCUACACUUGCUACAAACACAUACAAAACAAGAAAUCCAAAAAAUAAAAAAUAAAAAAAAACGAACCGAAAUUGAAAAAGUUUACUUUUUUCAGACACUCCGACUUGUAACUUGUAAAAUUUUGGAUAUAUUUUGUUUUAAACGGAAUAACAGCUUCUUUCCAUGUUUAAAAUUUUGGCAACUAAAGUUAGCAACAUUCAUUUUUGUGUUUUCAAAAUAUAACGUCUUCUUUUAACAACAACUAUACAAAAAUGGAGCAGCCUUUAAAGAAUUCAAAACACGCCACAACAUCUUUGGAAGGAACGACAGCAACAACAACGAUGACGGCAACACAAAUGAGGGCGACAUUAAUAUAUUUAGCGCCUUUUUUGCAACCGUGUAAGAAUGUUGUUACAAACACAACAGCAACAACAACGACACGAGCCCAGUCAAAAACAUCUCAAAGUAAGGGUAAUGAACAAGAUAUAGCAGCAACAACAACGACAUCAUCAACAACAACGGCAGCAGCGGCAAUAGUAUUACAGCAACAGACACAUGUGGCCCGUAAUCGUCUGAAUAGCAGUCGUAAUAAUCAUAAUAAUGCUAUAAAUUCGAAUAGCACUAACAUUAACAACAACAAAAACAACAACAGCAGUAGUAGUGGUAGUAGUAGCAGACCUUGUUGCAGUAAUACUCCCAAACUGACUACACCAGCCAAGAGUUGUAGCCAACAGGAGGAGUGUGUUUGUAAAAUGACUGGCAUGAGUAGCAGUUGUAAUAGUACUACUACUACAAGUAGUAGCAGCUGUUGUCAUAAUACUAUGCAACAACAGCAACAUGAACAAGAAUUACAAGUUAGAUCUGAAUACCAGGAAGAAAAGCAGGUUAAGGAGCAAAAUUUACAACAAAAGGAUAAAUAUUAUAAAAAUUAUGAAAUGCCUGCCUUAGAGACCACAACAACGAUAAAACCAACAACAACCACAACACUGCAAUACGCCUCUAAUAAUAAAACAAGACAACAGCUACAACAACAGCAGCAGCAGAAAGAACACCUUAAAGAAGUUAGAGCCUCGUCAUCAGCAACAACUUCUUCAACAUCAUUAUCAUCAUCCUCUCUAUCAACCUCAUUUGUAAACUAUGCGAACAAUCGUAGUACAAAAUAUUUACGAGAACGUGGUCGUAGAAAUCUACUACAAUUACAACAACAGGAGCAGUCUCUGAAACAAAAAACACAUGGUUCCAUAUUAAAACAACAACAACUACAACAACAACCACCACUUAUGCAACAAACUGUGAGGCAUGAAGUACUACAACUACAGCUAACAGAACAAGUAGAUACAGAAAAUCAACUACAACAACGAAACUUAACGUGUGGUCGUGGUCCUUACAUUGCGAAGGACCAUCACGGCACCAACCACAUUAAAACUAACAACACGUCAGUGUUGUCAAGAUGUCAUUGUUUAAAUUAUAAUCAACAUAAUAAAAAUAAUAAUAACAGCAGCAAAAUUAUGCUCAGCAAUGUCCAAGACUUGGCGGAGCAACAAACAUAUAAAAACCACAUGAAAACUUUCAUGUCCUCGAAAAACUGUGAUGACCAGCUAGACAAUGAACCAGACUAUAAUAAUGUGAAUGGAAACGAGGAGGCGGUGUAUGAUAAUCACUUAGAAGCUGGAAAUAUUAAGGAAAAUAUUCUUUUAAGAUUAAGCAAAACUCAUCAGGACACGCAAACAGCUGAAGUAGAAGAAGAGGAAAAAGAAAAUGAAGAAAAUCUAGACAAGAUAACACUUAAGAAUUCCUAUAUUAAUUAUAAAGAAUUAUUAUUUUAUACAAAUUCAAAAAUCAUUAAAACUAAAACACACUCUCCCUCACCAACAACCACAACUACAGAAACAGACACACAAUCAUGUUCUCCAACAUCACAAUCUUCAUCAUUAUCAUCAUCUUCAAUAUUAACAAAUCCUUCGUAUACAACGAUAUUAAAUAAGGAAUGUAGGUGCUUUAAACAAUAUAAACGUGAUACUAUUGGCAGCGAAUGUAAUUUAGAACAAAAGAAUUUGGAUAUAAUUGGUGUGGGAGCAGCAACAACGUCAUCGUCAUCGUCAUCUUUAACACUUAGUGAUAUUGUUGAUUGUAAGAUCAUUACUGAUGAUGGCAUUACCUUAGGUUCAUCUUCAUUAUUUGGCAAUUUGUGUCAAUUGCUGUACGGCUGUUCCAAUAACUUGAAUAAAACUGUUGCGGUUUCAAAGUGGUUGUUUAUGUGGCUGUUAUUUAUAAUGCUGUCAACAUCAGCUCAUUGUUGGGCGGGACGUAAUGAUGUGCCCACCAAUUGUACAUUUCCUGCCCGCUGGGAGGGCUCUUGGUUCCUAUCGGGCUAUCAACAAUCUAUACACAUUAAAGGUUCCCAAUUUAGUUAUAGGGGAAGAUGUGCUGCUUCGGAUGGUAACAAAUAUUUAAUUGUGGACGAGAAAGGAUGUCAUCGGUGCCUGGUCAUUUAUGAGAAACACAACAAUGUGUUGCAGUAUAAAGAAAGUGAGUGCGAAGGUGAUAGUAUGUAUAUGCAUCAAACAAAUCCAUCUGCAAUGGCGAUGCGUAGCGUUUUAAAUCAAAAAACCAACAAUAAUGGUGGUGAUCAUAGGGGGGGAGCUCAUCCCAAUUUGAACGGGCAUUCAAGACUAUCCUCAUCGGAUCAAUAUAUAAUGAGAUCCAAUGACGAUAUGAAUGAUUGUCCCCCAGACUUUUGCAAGGGUCGUGAAACGUUACAGAAUCUAUGUGAUCAAAUACCGGGAGAUGCUUUGCUUUAUUCUUUAUUUAGAGAGAGCGCCGAACCAGUUAAAUGUCCUCUAAAAGGUCCCUUUAUCUUCACUUAUAAUCGAGGCAAUGGCGAAUGUAAAAGUCCUGUUUCCAAUAUUGAAAGCUGCACCGAAGACAGUCGUUUGUUAUUAAGUUUUCAGGCCUGUCCAGAUGUAGUGGGGACAGAAAGUACUGUGGAGGAACUAACUUGUCUGGCUACUUGGAAAGAUGGUAAUUCACGUUAUCUGGUGGGUUUAGUAUCACAUCAUCACGCCAUAUCAAAUGAGGAGCGUUAUCGUUGCUUUGUCUAUGAGAAAAUAUCUUCCUUAAUGGAUCUUGGUCACUAUGCUGGACCCAGUGUGUCGACGUCAAAAGAUGCCGAAUACAAAUUGGCACAAUCGGGAGAUGCUACAUGUAAUGGACUGGAUAGUGCAGAGGUGGGUUCACGUAUAAUGUCUUUGCGUAAACCGCCCAUCACGGAAAGAUGUGAUUUUCCGGUCUGGUUUAAAGGUCCCCGACAUUGGCAUGUAUUAAUGGGAAAUGCAGUCUACAAUUAUCAUACAAAUGAUGGUUCCAUUCACAUAAUCAAACCCAAUGGCUAUAUGGAAACUCGAGCCUUGUGUGAACAAAUCAAUAAACAAACCUCAACGGAAAUGAUGUCGGUAGUACAUUAUACCACAGGCUGUCAAUCGGGUUUUAUGUGCAUGAUGUUCUAUAGACGUGAUACUCAUGUCAUUGAAAUACAAACGGGUAAACCUGCCUCUAGGCUAGAGGAUGCUUGUGCUCCAGAUCAUUUUGAUAUCAAUAAAACUCCCUAUAUAACUUUACUGGCCUCCAAUCCUGAUCCUCAAAUUUGUCCCAUGGAGGGCUUAUAUACUUUAAGAGGUGCCAUAGGCCCCCCUUACUUAGCCACCAGACACAAACGUAAUCACAACAAGGUGCAUGGUCUACACAAUCAUCAUCACCAGUAUGAAGGCAAUAACGGCAGGGAAUAUUUACAUAAAAGACACAGCUCCCUUAGUUUCCGCAAUUCACAGCAUGAUGAAAAGAAUGCCUGGCAUUCAAAUACUCGUGGUCUUCCUGUACGUUCUCGCCGUGAUGCUUCUAGCACAGUUACCCCUUUGGCCACCUUAAAUUCGAAUCAAACUACACAAGAGAUUUUGGUGGUGGGCAAUAAUACAAAUGUUGGUUUCGUUCAGAAUCCCGUUAGUGAUACUCGCCUUAGGAGUAGACGUAAUGUUCCUGAAUGUGUUACAAACUACAAGGCCCAACGACAAUUGUGGGUGGGCUGUACGGAGGCGAAUGUUAUUGAUGUGCGACCAAUGUGUAAUGAAGAGGGUGAUGAAGAAUAUUCCUGUCAUGGUUCUUGGUCCGAGAAUGGUACUGUCUAUAUUAUUGCCAGACAUAAAGGUACUAAACAUGGUGUUUGCAUCAGCUACCGGCCGACAGAGGGCACGUCCGCGAAACUAGUGGUAGGAGAUGCCUGCUAUCGAAGAACACAAAAACCACCGGAACAUCAUUUAGUGGCCAAUUUAUCAAUAUUUGGUAAAUGUGGUGAAACCGGUUCCAACUCUCCCACCAUGCCCAUUAUCAGUUGGUUUAAUUUACUACUGGCCACCAUAUUAAUAACAUUAUUCAGUCAAUUGCCCAUACAAAGAUGAUUUCGUAACUAAGAAACUCUAAGCUUCAACAAAAUCUAGAACUAAGCAUUUAACGAAUUAAGCUGAUAAAUAGAGAAGAAAAAAGUUUUCAUUCUUUAUAAAUUAAAAAAUAAAUUAAAA